CCGAGCAAGCUUGAGUAUUUCGUAUCCAUUUUGCAGCUUGAAAUUCGCGGUUCCUUGUAAUAAUUAUCGAUGGAACUCAUAUCUGGCGAAUUUUGAAGCACUCAUUGUAUUACUGGAGAAGAUCAGUUUGUAUCCCCUUGCUUGACGUUUUUAACCUACUUCUCCAAAAUGAAUGCGCGACAUGAACACUGCAUUUAUUAUUUAAUGCCUUUCUAAUGGUGCCGCGAAAAUUUUGUCGCUCGCGAAUAUUUGUUAGUUAGUUUUUCGCGUGUGAUUGUGCUGCAGGUGACGUAGACGUUAUCCUGUUCUAGUGAGUGAAGGAAAUAAGGUAUCCAGCGGGUUAAGUUCAUUAUUCACUCCAUGGAUGUGACAUUAAAUGAAAGUGUUUUUCAUCACGGUUUAGGUGCCUUCCUGUGGAGUACAAAAUAUUAGGUUUAAUUGUUUCAGGUGUGCAUAACCUUAUUUAGGUGUGUGAAUUAAUAAGAAAAACUAGGAGCAGAUUUAUGGUAGGACCAAGUGCUUGUUGUGACUAGUUGGAGAAGCGUGUGAAAGAACAAGGAGUUUUACGUUCUUACUUCCCUGACACGAUAGGUACCACAUAGCCGGACAAUGUGAGGAGUUGAUGCAUUGGACAUUCCGAUGCCCCUCCCUUCAGCAGCAGCCCCACGACCUGGAGGCGACACUGGUAUUUCCUGUGAGAACGCUGAAGAAGCGGAAGGUACUACCGCCGACGUCGCACAGUCGUGGUCGGCGGUACUGAAUAUACCAGCAGCACUGCGGAGACGACUCUGCAAGCUGCCACCCUUCGUAACCCACCUCAAGAUUAUGCCUACCGGUGAAGUAGCGUCAUCACCAUCUCCAUCACUUUCAUCCUCGUGUUCAUCUUCAUCCACGUCUUCUCGUCGGACUACACUGAACCGGCUCAAUCCUGUGAUAAACCAGUUUACUAGAUGAUACCACGAGUGAUCGAACCUUUGUUGUACCCACCAUGAACGAUACGAUGGAUACAACACUUACUGGCAGCAGUGUGUCAGUGAAUAAUCCUUUACACCACUCACCACCUGCCCCUCACUGGGGGGCACCGGGGGGUGGUGUUGGGAGCCCCCGCUUCAAUAAUUCUCAUCACCAGCAACAUUCCCAGACUCCCACCGGUUCUUCUGCCGCCUUCGUCUCUGGGAAGACGAAGUCAUCGAUGACAGCUGUGACGUCAUCGGCGGUUGGAGGUGACGCAUUAGCUAACACUGUGAUGGAACAGUUGAGGCCCCCGGAUACCGGGGGUAGUGAUAGUGUAGGACACUCCAGUGUUGCAUCAUCUUCUAUACCUUCGUGUAAUAAAGGCGAUUCGAGUGGAUGUGGUAGUAGACGACCGCCUACUUCGUCAGUGGUAACUGCGUCUUCGGGAGCUGUUACUGUCAUCAGUGUCCAGCAUGGGGGGACUUGUAAGCCGGCCGCGGACAAGGUGCAGCCCGAUGAUGGAAAAACUAUCAAGUAUUAUCAGUCUUGCAAUGGGUCUGUGGUCUCUGGGCAAGGUGUGGUGCAAUCCACCGGAAAGUGUGACUUGUCUGGAGGUAACACGGGGGUUGGGGGGAUGACAAUGCCCAUUGAAGAUGAGGAGGAUGAUGUCUCAGGCUCUGAUGGGGAAGUCAGUAAGAUAGAUUUUACAGGUGUAAACUUAAGGACCAAGAAAAAACGUGUAGUUGGAAGUGAAGACUCUCAGGAUGGCUUUGAUGAGCCAGAAAGACCCAUGUCAUGGGAGGGUGAGCUGUCUGAUGCAGAAAUGAGCAUUGUUACAGGAGCAUGUCUCAACAGUAAGCAGGACCAUGAAGAAACGUCAAUGGAAGGUGUGCAGAUCUGUGGUGUCAACAACAGUUCUUCACCAAGUCAUAGAGAAGAUAAUAAGCAUCCUUUGAAGUUUGGAGAGAGUGUGGUGGACAAGGUGUUGGAACAUGUGCGAUCAAAACAACUUCACCACCAUCCCCAGGCUGGACCAACAAAUAACAUCUUGCCACAGAACAGCACCACAGCGAGUGACUUGCCACUUUUGGUGGAUAAGCUGCUGGGUAAUGGUGGCUGUUACAAUACAACACCAUCUCACAGUCCAGUCUUGCAGCAGAGACAUAUGGGGCACCACCUCAAGCAUUCACACCACAGUGGUAACCAGGCAGUGCCACCAACUCCCAGCCCAGAUUCAGCCAUACAUUCUGCCUAUUCUUAUUCAUCCCCAGCUCAAAGUCCUGUGACAUCACGCCAUGGUAGCAGCCAUGGGUUACCAUCGUCAGGUUUUAGCUCACCAUACACACCAUCCUUGUCACGAAACAACUCAGAUGCAUCUCAGUAUGGAGGCUCACAACACAGUAGCUGCUAUAGCUAUUCAUCUGUAUCUGUGUCUCCAACACAGUUCUCUCCCACGCACUCUCCCAUCCAGUCGAGGCAUAUGCAUGGCCAUGGUGCUGUUGGGGCAGGUUUUCCCUCUCCUGUGAUGCCUCGGGGACCAGACUUCGGAUCCGGUCCGGGGAAUGCUGGGUCACCUCUUCAUAUGAUGGCAGGUGGGGCCAUAUAUGGAAGUGUAUCUGUUCCCAGGCCAGGGAUUGUUAAUGUUGGAGGCAAUGGAGAUGAGUGCUUGCAACAAGAAACUGCAGCAGCAGAUGCCAAUGAUGAGCGAGAAGGAAUUCUGGAUGAGAAGAUGUCUUCCCUAGCCGCAGAUUUGGUCCAACAUUCAGCACUAGCUGCUCCUCCUGGCAUUUCUAGGCAACAGCUCAUUAACAGUCCUUGCCCCAUAUGUGGGGAUAAGAUUUCUGGUUUCCAUUAUGGCAUCUUCUCUUGCGAGAGCUGUAAAGGAUUUUUUAAAAGAACUGUUCAGAAUCGCAAGAAUUAUGUCUGUCUGCGUGGAUCUUCUUGUCCUGUAACCAUUGCAACCCGCAAGAAGUGCCCGGCAUGCCGUUUUGAGAAAUGUCUUAAAAUGGGUAUGAAACUGGAAGCUAUUCGUGAAGAUAGAACUCGUGGUGGCCGCAGCACGUACCAGUGCUCAUACACAUUGCCUGCCAGCCUUGUGGCUGCACCUGGAAGUGAUACCUCCAGCCAUAAGUUGCUUGCCCCCUCUGGUGACCCCCAGGUAAAGCUGGAGGCUCCAGAUGUGGGGGUAGUAGCAGGGAGUAGUGGGAAUGGCAAUGGAGGAACGGUCCCUGUCAACUCUAGGCAUCUCGACAAACUUGCCAUCCCUCAAUUAUUGCAAGAAAUAAUGGAUGUGGAGCAUUUAUGGCAUUACAACGACCAGGAGAUGCAAAAAAUGACGGCUCAUGGAGGUAGUAAUAGCAGCAGCAGUAGCAGUAGCAGCAGCAGUAGUAGCAGCAGUAGCAGUAGUAGUAGCAGCAGUAGUAGCAGCAGCACAAGCAGCAAUGGCAGCAAUGGAAAUGGUAACUCAGAGGCCAGCAGCAAUAACUCGGAUUUUUUAUCAAACCUGUGCAACAUUGCCGACCACCGCCUCUACAGACUUGUGAAGUGGUGCAAAAGUCUACCACUCUUCAAGAAUAUAUCGAUUGAUGAUCAGAUCUCAUUACUGAUCAAUGCAUGGUGUGAGCUGCUGCUGUUCUCCUGUUGCUUUCGGUCUAUGUCAACACCUGGUGAAAUUCGCGUGAGUCUUGGCAAGUCCAUCUCCCUAGCCCAGGCUAGAGAUCUGGGACUUGGUGCCUGCAUUGAGCGAAUGCUCAACUUCACUGAACAUCUCCGCCGACUUCGUGUUGACAAAUAUGAGUAUGUUGCCAUGAAAGUCAUUGUACUUCUUACCUCAGAUGCAAGUGACUUGCGAGAGGCAGAGAAGGUACGUGCAUCUCAGGAAAAGGCUUUGCAGGCUUUGCAACAUUACACACUUGCUCACUAUCCCGAGAUUCCUUCCAAAUUUGGAGAAUUGUUGCUUCGGAUUCCUGAGUUGCAGAGGACAUGCCAGGUUGGUAAGGAGAUGCUAUCUAUAAAGAACAAGGAAGGUGAAGGUCCUAGCUUCAACUUGCUCAUGGAAUUGUUGAGAGGGGACCACUGAAAUGUGCCACAAGUUUUAAUGUGCCUUCACAUCCAAAUAUAGAAAAGGACAACAGCUGAGGCUUCAGGGUAGUUAAUGGUGGUGGUAUUCUGUGGUUGGCAGCAGCCACAUGUUAUGUUUCUUUUUAUAUGGAAGUAUGAAAAUGCUUUUAUUAUUAUUAUUAUUAUUAUUAUUAAUUAAAAUGUACUUAGCCCUUGAACUCAGCUUCUUUUCCAUUAUAAACAAUGGUACUAGCUACUUUCUUUAUAGAAAAGCAAAUCGAAAUGGUGCAGAACAUUCUGACAGAGGAACAAAUCGUUAUUAUGCAUAUUUUUAUUACGUUGUACUUUAUUAUUUGUAAAUAGUGUGAGUAUUGCGAUUUUUGUGAGUGUAUUGUGUAUGUGUACAAUUUUAAAAGAAUUUUUUUAUUGUUUUCCACUUUUUUGUAAGUACUCUUAUUAUGUGACUUUUUAAAAGAACAUAGAAUUUUAUAUAUUAUAAUCAUAAAACGUGAAAAAAUUCUGUUGUGUUGUGGGGUGUGAUGUCAUUGAAUGACCCACCACUGGCCGCUUUCAGAAAGCAGCUUAAAAUAAAUCUUGUUAAGAGUUAUUUCCAGCUUUCAUAAAAGCUUAUAAAAGUAAUAAAUGGAUAUUGCUGAAGAGGCUAUAUGCUAAAGGAUAAAGUGUAGGAGUGCUGUGGCAGCAUGCUAUACAGAACCCGAAACAGCCACUUUCUCGAUAUCAACAGUUCAUUCACUGAUAUAAAAUUGUUCUGGUAACAUGUGAGAAGACAUGUUGAGGUAGCUCUCAUGAUGAAGGUAGUUAUAUGGAAUGUAUGAAGUUAAGUGUAAGGGGUCUGAAACUCAUUUUAUCUGUUGGCCACAUUGCAGUGUGAAUGCUUAUUUGAAGGCUGCAUGACAUGAAGUAUCUGUGUUUAUGAGCUUGCAAACACUUUCUUCAAUCCAUGUUUACUGUAUGGUCACAACAUUAAUAAGUGUAUUUUGGCUUCCAUAAACAGAAACAGUAUAUAUGAGAUUAGAGAUUUUCACAGCAGCAAAGAUUCAUAUUGUGGGCUUCUAGGUUAUGGUACUGUAUAAUGUGAUAGGGGUAUCAGUAUUUUGGAGCAGCAUACUGCCUCCGCAUUUAGGGCACAAACGGAGGGAAUAUUUUCCUCUGAAAUAUACAUAAACACCUACCAGACUACUGGGUGUCACAGCACAGAAGAUCACAAUGUGGAAAGUCAGCAUAGCUCUUGCUUUCUUCUAGUGCAAGCAAUAAUCACAUGUGGGUUAUAUUAAUGUCAUUUUAAUUUCAUUUUCAAAUUCUGCCCGCAGUUAAGAUUUGUAUGCUUGAUUUCUGUGGGUUAUUAUCUGAGUAAUAUAAAUAAUAUAAUAAACUGCUUGAGUUUCAUCUCUAAUAAGUCACGAUUGGUGCCAUGGUUCUAACAGGCUAUGGAUGAAGUGAGACUUGGAUAACUCUACAGGAAAAAAAAUGUAGUACUUUUAAAAAUUGGGGGCACGCCGUAGCGUAGUUGGUUGAGGUACUAUGCUCUACAA